GUUCCACGUCAUGGCGUCGAAUGGUGUUGUGUUUGCACUGACACUCUGCUGUGUGUUAACAGAAGUUGCGUCUAUUGGUUUAACGGUCACCGGAGAACCAUGGGUCGACAUCGAGCAAAAUACCACCGUUACCUGCUCCGCAUCGACGGCCCAACUUUUGAUAGUGAACUGGCGGAAGAGCCCACUGGGCGCUUCAAACAGUGUCUCUCAACCCAUAGUUCUAUACGAUGCAACUCCAUUUAGUCAAGUAACUUGGGAUGUUAAUGUCAAUAGAUCCCACGUCUUGUUCGAUGAAUCAAUGAAUGAUUUUCCUUUAACAAUAAUUUCGUUGGUACUUGAGGAUGAAGGCAGAUAUUGGUGCCAGGCUUUGGAUGAUGAAACUUUUGCACAUUCGACUGAGAAAACAGAAAUCCGCGUUAGAGUGACUGCCUCGAUAACUGUCUCCAAUUCACCAUGGGUGGACUUCGGCUCAGACACCACACUUUCCUGCACCACAACAUCCACGGGGACGAUCAGAGAAAUUCUGUGGGCACGAGGCGAAUUUAAAGACACCUUUAAUAAUUUUUCCAGGAUCGUGAUUGUAAUGUUUGGGCGACCGGUUGAGUGGAGUAGUACAGUAGAUGUAUCGCAUUUUACGUUUGACGAGACCGUACCCGAUGCUCCACUCACUAUCAAGUCGGUCACGUUGGGGGACGAGGGGAGGUAUUGGUGUGUGAGGAACACCAUUGGGGUUGGAGAAGAGUAUGGCACAUCUGAUAUGCAGAUCAGAGUACCUCCGACCACCAUGACCAUCACCUAUCAGGGAAAUAGCUACAGCAACGGUGACUCCAUCCCAGUACUAGCAGCAGAUAGUCAACAGUUUACCUGCAUCGUUCCCGGUAUCAAACCUGCAGCUAACUUCACAUGGAUGCUUGAAGGCGCCGAACUCAUGCAGACAAGGUCUCAGGUGGACAACGAAAACCAGGGAGAUUCCAGAUUGGUGGACAGUGCUGAUACUGAAGCCGUGAGUAUCGCCGAGUCGCCCGGUACUCUAGCGCUGUCGUGCGGUGCCACCAACCGCCAGGAUGGACUCAGUGAUGUAGAGAUGACUGUCACUGUGACCCUCCAAGUUAAAGUUCCUCCUAGAGCGUCAUCGAUAACAUUGUCGGAUUCGACUGGUUCCCUCGAUCCGGAUACAACAAUCACCGUUGAACAGGGUGUUACGUACACCUUAACGUGCGUAGUACGGGGUACCAGACCUUCAGUUACCAUCAAGUGGUACAUUCGAGAUCAGUUGCAAAAGACCGACGGACCCGACUCUCCUCCGAUAGGGGACGAGUUGGUUGAUACUACGUCUGAUUGGUCAUUUAUACCAACUCGGCCUUACCACGACGGCAUGGUUAAGUGUUCGGCUAGUACGGCUGAAACACCAGCUGGUCAGUCGGCCCCAAGUGUGUCUAUCACCUUAAAGGUUAACGGUCCUCCAGACAAUGCACGCAUCACUGCAGAAACGUCGCCAAUGACAGAGAAUGAGCCUGUCGAUUUAACGUGCACUGCUGACAAUGGGUACCCUAACGACUGGUCACUGGCCUGGUUCAAUGGUGACAUCCCCCUCACCAAUCCAGGCACCGCGCCCUCACCCCAAGACACUCGGUUCACUUUCUCCAGUACGUUGACGUUUACACCAGGAAGACGGGACAAUGGAGGGAGCAUCAUUUGCAAGGCAGUAAGAGGAGCGGUGACUGCUGCUGAGGGGACGUUCGGACCACUCGACGUACGAUUUUGCGCCAGAUCAACAAGGAUAGAGCAAUGCCCCAUGAAAGUACAGCAAGGAUCAGAGCUUGCCCUCAUCUGUUCCUCGGAGAGUAGUAGCCCAGCAACUUCCCUAUCCUGGUUUAAGAACAAGGUAGAGGCAAGUGACCAGGUGACGUCGGUGGUUAGGGAUGGAGAUUUCAACGGCCUGGUGACAGAGCAGACUUACCUCCAGCAGUUCACUAGCAAAGUUGAUAAUGGUGCGAUGUUAACAUGCUGUGUAGCUGGACCGUGCGAUGACAGGGACCUGUGCAGCGCACCUUGCACGCUGAACGUCGAGUAUCCCCCGGAGUUUCUAAGGCAAACAACACCUGACGUGGUAGUCGACGAGGGUCAGGAUGUGACCCUGUCAUGCGCAGCUGAUGCUAACCCCAAACCACCUGACUUCAUCACGUGGGAAAGAGUCGGUUACUCUCAACCCUUGUCGUCGGUGUACGCAGAUGGAGUGAGCAACGUCACACUGACCGGUCUCACGAGAGACCAAGCUGGGCGGUACAGGUGCAUUGGAAAUAACGGCAUUCCCCCGGUCGUACCUUCGAGUGGUGUUGUCGUCAGGGUCCAUUAUCAAGUGUUCUUCCGAGAUGAAGACGAUCUGACCGUUGGGGCCAAAGAUGGCGCCACUGCCCUGCUGAAAUGUACAGCCAUGGGAAAUCCACUCCCUGUAACCCAGUGGAGAAGUGCAACUGAGGAAAUCACCAAUCAGACUCAACCGGGGAAACUCACUGUUACUCAUACCACUAUCAGCGGAGAUGAUGUGGAGGGGUACAGGGUGGUUAGCACGUUAGAGAUCGCUGGAGUGGUUGGGGCCAGCGACUAUGGAGUGUACACUUGUCAGAGCGGUAAUGGUAUAGGGAGGGUCGUCACGUUGGCCAUUGAACUCAAUGAUAGAGUUAAGCCCCAGCCGCCUACCGGUGUCACAAUCGACCGGGGUCAAAUCAAAGCUACAUCCGUAAAGAUUACAUGGACCCCUGGGAACGACGGCGGCGAGACGCAGUGGUUUCACGUGAAUCACCGAAAAGUUGCAACGAGCGUGGAGUUCGACCCCGACAAACGGAGCAAAAGGAUCGACGGUGCUUUUGAAUAUCUGUUAGAGCGACUCAGCCCUUUCAGCUUAUAUGAGAUUGAAGUGUAUGCUGUGAAUGUAAAUGGCGUUAGCAGAUCCGUCAAGAGGAAUGUGACAACUCUACCCUUAAAUCCUGCGGAGAUGGGUAUUGCAGUGACUUUCAGACAGGCAACAGGCGCAAUGUCCUUGGAGAAAAUUCCAGAAAAUAACGACGGCUGUUUGCAGUUAGAAUUUCGUCUGAACGGGCAAGAAGAGUGGUACAGCUACGGUGGCUGCCAAGAGACAGACAGGGAGCUGAUGUUAGGGGAGGUGCGUUCGCGAUUCUGUCAGGGCAGUCUAUGCAGCGAACCAAGUCAAGCAGACGUAGACGCAUCUAGGGGUGACGUAGGGCUAAUUGCCGGCAUCAUAAUACUCAUUCUUGUUCUUUUGGUCGUCGUCGUGGUGUUACUCGUCGUUACAUUUCAUCGUAGACGAUUCAACGGGAUGGAUAAACAAAGUCUUGUUACAAAGAAAAAGAGAAAACCUGAAAUGGAGUAUCAAGAAUUGGACAUACCGAUGCAAAUAGUUUCCGUUCCACCAGUGGCCAAACGUCCAGAACCCGUACCACCAACUUAUGACGAAGUACCCGAAGUCGACAUCGCUAUGGCUGUACCAAGGGACAGGGUAAACAUCAUGAAACCCCUCGGUGAGGGCGCUUUUGGUCGGGUCCUACUCGGCAGAGUUCGGAGUAUCAUCCGAAGAGGUGUGGUCACCGAUGUGGCCAUCAAAACAUUGAAAGACGGGGCAGGCCCUACACAGAAGGACGAUCUGCUACGAGAACUAGACCUCAUGAAGAGCCUUCCAACUCACAACAACGUGGUCAAGCUUCUCGGAUUCUGCAUUGAGACAGAGCCUAUUUACAUCAUCGUGGAGUUCCUCUCUAAAGGAAAUCUAAAGGACCUCUUGACCGAGAGCAGAGGGAAAGGGAAAGCUAAGCUCCAGGUAUACGGAAACCUUCACGGUAGCAGCAAGAACUUGACCUCCCGUGACCUCAUCGCAAUGGGACGAGACGUAGCUGAUGGUAUGGCAUUUCUGUCUGAGCAGGAGUGUAUACAUAGGGAUUUGGCUGCUCGUAACAUUCUCGUGAGUAAAGACAUGGUUUGCAAAGUGGCUGAUUUUGGACUUGCUCGGGACGUCAAAAAUGAUCGGGUGUAUCAUCGGAAAUCCGAGACUCCUCUUCCAAUACGCUGGAUGGCAUUAGAGUCAAUUUUCGAUGACUUGUACACGACAAAGAGUGACAUAUGGUCAUUCGGCAUACUCCUAUGGGAAAUCGUAACACUUGGUGCACGGCCUUAUCCGUCCAUGAGUGCGAAAACUGUCGUCAACGACAUCGAAAUCGGUUACAGAAUGCCUAGACCGGAACACUGUCAGGAUGAACUGUACCAGAUGAUGUUGAACUGUUGGUCUGAUGAUCCGGAUGACCGGUUACCAUUCAACAAGCUCAGUACUAAGCUAGGAAAGCUUCUAGAAACAGCGAGUGAUUACAUUUGUUUGAGCGACUACCAAGAAACUUUAUAUGAAGUGACGAUGCCAAGCACUUCAGAUGAGAAAAUUUGAAAAAAUAAUCGAUCUCUCGAUUUAUGUCAAGCAACAUUUCACUUAGCCUGCACAUCUGACUUGGAGGCCAGAGAUCUGCCGUUGAGCCUAUGUCAAACCCCGUACAUAAUAACCUUUCACCUACAUUCAUUUCACAAUGGAGACCCGCAGUCAAAUACAAAAUAACAUGCAGGCAACAGGCAACAGCG